AAAGUGUUGUCAGAGUUGACACUGACACUGACAGCUUAUGGUUCUGGGUUGAAAAGUGAAUGGAUUUUAAAUCUGUAAAAGAAAUUUAAAAUCUAAAGUUUUAAUAUACUGUAAUUAUGGUUGUGAAUAUACACAAAUAUUUAAAUCCUAUAGCUACUUUAUUGAAAGUAAAAUUAGAUAAUCCUAAAGCUAAUAAGGCACCCAAUUCUACAGUAAUAAGCACAGUUUUUACUCUAUUAAACAAAUCCAAUUCAGCUUUAGGCCCAAGAAACGAUUUGGAAAGAGUGGAAAUCCAGCAGUGGAUAGAGUAUGUUCUAGUUUAUGCCAGCCAUGUGGAUAAUGUUCAGAAUUCAAAAAUAGUCUUAAAAGAACUCAAUGACAUAUUAGCAUUGAAGACAUAUUUGGUUUCACACAGGCUGACGAUAGCUGAUGUUUUGUUAUUUUAUGUACUAGUUCAAUUAAUGAAUUCCUUGUCUACCCUUGAAAAGGAGAAAUACAUACAUGUAUGCAGAUGGUUUGAUAAUCUACAACAGGAUGAAUCUCUGAGACAAAAAUACAAAGUUGUUGAUUUCAGUUCAAACUUUUUGGCUACAUUAGUUCCAGCAAGACAUUAGUGAAGAUAUUAUUACGUUCUUUAUUUAUUUGUAAAUGAAGUAGAAAUUGAUAUUUUAUUGAUAUCUUUUGACAUUUUGUGUUCCUCUACAAUUAAGACAUCACAUUAAACUGUUUCUUCUCGUUAAACAUACCUAGUAGACAAAAAACCUUUAAUAAAAAAUAAACAGAUGUAA